AUGGAGAGUGUAGUACCGAAUUCGGGGUUGAUAACCAACGGAUUAUCCGUCCAAAAAGGCGAUGCUGCGACCAAACAGUCUGGUAUAAACAAAGGCGUAAAGACGUCCAUGCUGGACGAAGAGAUACGUGCCCGGAUCCUUGCCGCCAAACGGCGGGCGGGGACCACACAGAGCAGCCGAAGCCGCUCGGCACAGAAAGUCUUCCGACCGCAGGGCUGGCUGCGGCCCGCGUACAAGAACAAGCCGCUAAACCUGGAGAGAAGGGGUUACGAGGCGAGUCGUAAGGACGCCGUACCCGUGGUGGACACAGCCAUACAAGACUGCCGCUACCUCAGGAUGUACAGGAUGAGAAGGACCAUAGGUAUGGGUCUGGAGGAGGUGUUGCACGACGGCCACACGAACAUGGAGAGACGACUGAGGGAGAGGGACGACCGGGCUAGGCGGGAGAGGGAGUGGGUCCCCACCGCGAGGGGCUUCCACAGCGACGGGUCGGAACUAGACGAAGGGGAGACACUGAGUGAACAUGACGAGAUGGAUUAUCAGGAAGACAUGAGCGACACUAGAGCCUGGAGCGACACAAGUAGCUCUUCGAUUCUGGAGCUCUCUCCCUGA